AGAUUGAUGUUGUCAAAUGAAUGAAAGUCAACAAAACAGUGAGAGUUUACGAAAAAUCGAAUUGUAAUACUUUUAUUAGAUUGCCUGUUUCGUGCUUUAAUUGAUCUUCAUCAUCAUUGCCCUUCAUACAUUCCUUGUUGUUGUAUAAGAAAAAUGUUAUCAUCACUUAUAAAAGAACACCAAACAAAGCAAGCAGCAAAAAGAGUCGUCCAAGAACAGAAACGCAAGGAAUGUAUUGCAGCUGCAAACGACUUAACACAAGCAUUAGUAGAUCAUCUAAAUGUUGGGGUUGCCCAAGCAUACUUGAACCAGAAAAAGUUGGAUGCUGAAGCCAAACUCUUGCAUCAGGGUGCAAUAAACUUUGCCAAACAAACACAACAGUGGCUGGCUCUUGUUGAAAACUUCAGUAGUGCAUUGAAAGAAAUUGGAGAUGUAGAAAAUUGGGCACGGAGCAUUGAAAAUGAUAUGAAAAUAGUAACAGAUACAUUAGAAAGAGCAUACGAAAUGACUCAGGAGCAACCUAAUACUAGUAGUCAAUAGAUAAUUAAAUUAUUGUGUUUAU